AACUACAACAACAAACACGCUGCUGCUUAGCGCAACAACAACAAUAAAUUCAUCGACCAAAAAGGAACUGUUUAACAAUGGAGCACAUUAUGAAUCCAUUCAUGCCACCCGCUUAUCUGUUGGGACACCCGCAUCAUCCACAACAUCCACAGCAUCCACAUUCGCAUCCACACUCGCAUCCGCAUUCGCAUUCGCACUCGCACAUGGGCGCCAAAUCGCCGGCUAGUUCGCCGGGCGCAGCGGGUGCGAGUGGAGCGGUAAAUGGAGCUGGUGGCAGCAACAGCAGCUCCAGUUCGAAUUCUAGCUCGAAGCCAAAACGCUGGGGAUCGCCGCCCAUAAAUCUGGCCGGACAGUUCAUCAAUCCGGCGACGGGAAAGAAGCGCGUUCAAUGCUCCAUUUGCUUCAAGACGUUCUGCGAUAAAGGCGCUCUCAAGAUACAUUUCUCGGCGGUGCACUUGCGCGAGAUGCACAAGUGUACGGUCGACGGUUGCAACAUGGUGUUCAGCUCGCGACGCUCCCGGAAUCGCCACAGUGCGAAUCCGAAUCCAAAGCUACACUCGCCGCAUAUUCGCCGCAAGAUUUCGCCGCACGACGGACGCACCGCUCAACAGUUUCCCGUUUUUCCGGCGGCCGCUGCAGCGGCAGCCGCAUUUCCCGGUUUGUUGCCGCCACCGCAUCCACACCAUCCACACCAUCCACAUCAUGCACACCAUCCGGCUGUGGGCUACAAUCCGGCGGCAGCGGCGGCUCAUGUUAUGUUUGGUGGACAGACCGGAUUGCAUAAUCUUGGCCUGCUCACGAGCCGGGCGCAGCAGGAGCGUCUCUUUGCGGAUGCGGAUGUGGAAGGGGAUGCGGAUGCGGAAGCGGAUGCGGACGCGGAUGAUGAUGGCGUCUAUGUUUAUGUGGAUAUGCAUGCAAAUAGCUCCAGUCCGGCUAGUCAGGACUGUCACAGCGAUGCGGAUGCGGAUGCGGAUACUGAAGCGGAUGCGGAUGCGGAGGCGGAGCUGCAUUGCAGCCUAAGCCUCGCCAGCAACAGUCUGACGAGCUGCGACGACGAGGAGCGCACGGAGCAACCGCUCGACUUUUCGCUGCACAAACGUCGCGAAGCGGAAAUGGAACGUGAACCCGAACCCGAACCCGAACCGGAGUCAGUGCGCAUCAAACGCUCGCCAAGUCCGUGCGGCUUCUCCAUGGAGCGUCUGCUCGGCAAACGUCGUCGUCAGAAUAGCAAUGCCUCCAGCUGCCAGGAACUGACCUCGAUUAAAAUGGAACUCGACUUGGACAGCGGCGACAGUCGAGACAAGGAUGCUGAGCAACAGCAUCCACAGCAACCACAUCAUCAUCUGCAACUCGCACAUGACCUGACGACGCCACAAAACCGUAAACACCUGCCGAGCAGCGUUUCACCUGCCUUCCCCUCUCACUCGCACUCGCACUCCGCUUCGCCCUCCCACGCAAUGAGUCCCGGCUCGGUUAACCUCAUGACCAGCGCCCCAUCCUCGCCAGCUCUGCUCUUUGGCCUCGAUCUGGAGGAGCAACAUCAUUUGCGGUUGCUGCAAACACAAAUGUUUGCGGCCGCUGCGGCUGCUGCCGCUCAAUCCUCAGCCACGCCCACCGCCUCUGCCUCCGCCUCCGCCUCCGCCGCUGCCGCAGCAGUUGCUCCAUGGAAUCUGCUCUCCGAGGUCUAUCGCACCAUGUUGCUAAGCAGCGGAAAUCUGAAGGCGCCGACGCCAGCGACAACAGCGACAGCGCAGUCGGCGCAAUACAGCGAAAUGCCGCCCACAAAUGCCGCCAUCUCUGUCUAAAAAAAUGGCGGCAAUCCUCUCCAGCAACAGUCGGACAUCCAACUAAUUAGAAAAAUUAAUUCAAAUAAAAUAAUCCUUUUUUUUUGUGGGUAAAAUGCCAUGAAAUGGCUGCUAGAAGAGUGCAGAACGAACGAAUGAAAGAAAGAGCAAGAAAAUAUAUUGCAAGCUGAUCUUGAAACUGAUCUUGAUGAUUAUUAUUAUUAUUAUUAUUAAUAUUAUUAUAAUACUGGAGGCAGCUCCGAUUACUAGCUUUUCUACUCGUACUUGUGUUAUAUAUAUUCGAUUUUUUUUUAUAUACAUACAUAUAUACAAUGAAUCUAAUAUUAAAAAAAAAUAAUUAUUCUAUUUUAACAAUUUUUUUUUUUGAGUUAAAUUUAAAGCUAAGUUAAUGCGACAUCUAAGUGUAUAGUAUUCAAUCCGUUCCUCAGUGCAAGCAGUUGCAAGCAGUGCGAUCCACAAAUGAGUCUGUGUGUUUGUGUGUGUGUGUGCAUGUGUGUGUGAUUGUAAAUGAUUCCCAUUGUACCCCCUACCCUUGAGUCAUUGUGGUUCCACUGUGCGGCGUACAACGAAGUAUUCAGUUAUUAGAAACGAAUAAAACAAGCAACUAAAACUAAAACUAAAACUUAAAUAAUAAUUAAUGAAUUAAUAAUUAAUGCAACAAAAUAAUUAAACAAUAAAUAUAUAUUAUGUAAUGUUUAAGUGCAACAGCAAUUUUUUUUCAUAGCCAAUAACUAUUUGUAUUUGUAACUAACUUCAUAUAAGUAUAAAAUAUAACAAAAUAUAAAAAAAAAUACGACAAAAAAAAACAUAUCUUGUGUGUUUCCCCUCCUUGUAUGUACCCCUAAUCCUUGUUUCCGCCCUCUUUUCCUCCCCUUUAGGCUUAAGAUACUAAAGAAAUCUUAAAAAUGAAAGAAAAAAAAAAAAAACAAAAUCAUAGACGUGUCUGUGCAUGUUUAGUAGAAAUGUUAUUGCUCUAUCUCUCUAUCAUGAAGAAAACGAAAUUUGCUCCUUAAGAGAUUAAUUGUGUAUUUAAUAAUGAUUUCUUAUUUUAUUUGAACAAUAAAACAGAAAAUUGAAAACAAU